AAGCCACAUUUCUUUAAAAGCACGUAAUGUUGAAGUCUCAACUCCUUAUUGGCAGUGCAUAACACUAAGGUGGCUCUAAGGUUGGGCAAAGCCUUCGUUUAUGCGAAGAAGCCUCGAGGGUUUUCUAUUAGUAUUAUCGAUCGAUUUGAGCGCUCAAGAUACAUAAGAUUCAUGGACCAAAAAGCUGUUGACAGUACUUCAAAGAAAUUUAUCCAAAUUGAUGUCAGUUCAGACACUGUUUGCCCAUGGUGCUUUGUUGGAAAGAAGAAUCUUGAAAAAGCCAUGAGCCUGGCAAAGGAUCAGUUUAAUUUUGAGGUAAAGUGGCAUCCAUUUUUCCUUAAUCCCAAUGCGCCUAAAGAAGGCAUUUUGAAGUCUGAAUUCUACAAAAAUAAGUUUGGAUCCACCCAGUAUGAGCACAUUAUAUCACGAAUGAGAGAGGUUUUUAGGGGUCUUGGUUUUGAGUACGACACUGCUGGAAUGACGGGAAAUACCUUGGACAGUCACAGGCUCAUUUCAUUUGCUGCUAACCAAGGCUAUGAAAAACAAAAUGCACUUGUUGAGGAGUUAUUCCAGAACUAUUUCAUUCAGGGAAAGUUUAUUGGCGAUAAGCAAGUACUUUUGGAUGCUGCCCAAAAGGUUGGCAUAGAAGGAGCUGCAGAAUUGAUUAAUGAUCCAAAUAAAGGUCUUAAAGAGGUCAAUGAAGAACUGGAGAAGUAUUCCUCUCGCAUUUCGGGUGUUCCAUACUUUGUGUUUAAUGGAUCGUUUCAGCUCAGUGGUGGGCAACCUCCAGAGGCCUUCUUGCAUGCUUUUCAAGCGGUGUCAAAAUAAAGCUUUGGUCACUAUUUUCUGUUAUAUUGACUUCUGAGACCAUUCUGAUGGUCUAACUAUUGCUAGUCGUAUUGAGGCGUUAUGAAGAUGCAUUGGUCACUGUUUUCUCAAAAAAAUAUGAAUAUGCAUUGAUAAGAAAUAUGUUAAAUCUUGAUAAAUUUUGUGGGAUUGUUUGGCAGUGUAAUUAAGAAUUUAAAGCCUUAUUUAUGUUUUA